AUGUUUCAUUUCUUUCUCGCCAUUCUUCUCUCUUUCCUCCCUUUUUCCUUUACUUCUUUUCUCUUUGUAUCCUUCUUACUUCGUCACUUACAUAUUUCAAACUUUCCUUCCUUCCUUCCUUCCUUCCUUCCUUCCUUCCUUCCUUCCUUGCUCUCUUCCUUCCUUCCUUCUCCCCUCCCUUACUCUCUUUCUUUCUUCCUUCCUUCCUCCCUUCCUCCCUCCCUUCCUUAUUUCCUUGCUCGCUUCCUUCCUUCCUUCCUUCCUUCCUUCCUUCCUUCCUUCCUUGCUCGCUUUCUUCCUUCUUUCCUUCCUUCCUUCUUUCCGUCCUUCCUUCCUUCCUUCCUUCCUUCCUUCCUCCCUCCCUUCCUUGCUUGCUUCCUUCCUUCCUUCCUCGCUUUCUUCCUUCCUUCCUUCCUUCAUUCUUUCCUUCCUUCCUUUCUUCCUCCCUUCCUCCCUCCGUUCCUUGCUCGCUUUCUUCAUUCCUUCCUUUCUUCCUCCCUCCCUCCCUUCCUUGCUCGCUUUCUUCCUUCCUUCCUUCCUUCCUUCCACCGUUCCUUCCUCCUUUCCUUCCUUCCUUACUUUCAUUUAUUCAUUCAUUAUUUGCUUUUACCCCAUCACAUUAAACGCAUGAUAACUAAGAGUGAUUGUCUAUGCUUGUCUGUUUCUCCUACCCCGUCUAUUUCUUUCUUUCUUUCUUUAUUUCUUUCUUUCUUUCUUUCUUUCUUUCUUUCUUUCAUUCAUUCUUUCUUUCUCUCUUUUUAUCUCUACUUUUCUUUAUCUCCCACAAACAUCAAUUAUUAG